UAUAAGGAGAGGCAGCGGGCCUGUAAGUAUUGAAGGUCAGAGGGUUUCUUUGCUAAAUCUUGUUGAAGUGCUGGUCUCAAACCAUAGCUUCUGAGGAGUCUUACUGGGUGCUGCUUCUCAGCUAACAGCCAUGGCUCUUGGGCUCCUUUUCAGGGUUUCCUGGAUUUGUUUUGUACUGUUUGGUGACAGUGCUGGUGUGCCAGCUGUAAAAGGCUAUGGAUAUCCAUAUAAGGCUGACUUUCUUAACACAGAUGAUGGAGAAGAUGAAAUUCGAUACUCCCUCGAUCAGAUUGACAUGGAGGGUUCCUACAGUCAAGCUCCUGGACCUUCAUACACAAGCUACAGCGGACCUUCAUACACAAGCUACAGCGGACCAUCAUACACAAGCUACAGCAGCCCUUCAGUUCCAGAGCAGCCAAACAAGGUCCAAAGUACCCAUGCCCUACCCAGUAUACCUAGUGUUCCCAAGGUAGAAAGAAUUGUUAAUGGUGCAGCAAGAGAAUGGGGACAAGACCACUCUGAUGUACCAAUCACAUUUCCUUUGAGCACAGGGUAUCAGCCAGGUGAUGUGACAAAAUCUCAAUCAAACUACAUGCAACCGCAGCCAGCUUCAUCUACUGCUGCUUCUCCGUAUGAAGGGCUGUUAUCUUCAGGCACUGGUGGCUCUAGUCAUGCUGGUUCAGCUGUCUAUUCUGAGCUUGAACCAUCUUCCUCUCAGGCAAACCAUGACUUAAACACUGAUGCCAGUGUACAAGGUGGCGAUAACGAUGUUCCCCAUCUUGUCUAUGAAGAAGUCUUUGAAUAUCCUGACAAUGCUGGGGACAGUCUGUCUUACCCAAGUUUUGGUGGUGCCUCCAACUAUCCUGAGGAACAGGACCAAACUGAAGCCCAGCCUGAGGUAGAAGGUCCAGCCUCUCCUAGCUUCUCUGUGGGAGAAGACGUCUUCUCUAGCACAAAUGAAGAUUUUUACCAACCAGUAGGUUAUCAGCCAGAUUAUGGGCAGACCAAUCCCUGGCCUCAACAGCCUCAAGAACCAGCCCCUAGUACCCAGGAAGUUGACAUUGCCCAGCAUGUCAGUGAGCCAAUCUUCCCUCCACCUCAAUCCAGCUACAUUAUCCAGUCCCGAGACGGCUACGAGCGAAACAAGAUUCUCUACACCAAAACCAGCUACUCCCCAGAACUUCCCACCCCUGCAAGGUCACAGGGUGUUGUAAGACCUGCUCCAAAACAUGUGAAGAACCCUCAAAGAACCAAAUGGUAACUGACAUGGCCUCCUGACAAUUAACAGAAUGCCUGUCUGGGGAGGGGAAAGAAAAAUAAAACUUCUGGUUUGAAUGGACUUGUUUGUAUUGUUUCUCUUAAUCACCCAGUCAAUUGUGCACUCCUUAAUUAAAAAUAAAACUUCUGGUUUGAAUGGA